AUGAUGCCAGUGCUGCUGUUCCAGGGACCAUGCAAGAGAGAAAACUCACUGCGUGCCCUGGUUACUUGGUUGACAAUGAGUGCCAAAUCUGCGAUCAGCAAGGAAAUUUUUGCACCUCUUGAUGAAAGGAUGUUGGGAGCUGUCCAGGUCAAGAGGAGGACAAAGAAAAAGAUUCCUUUCUUGGCAACUGGCGGUCAAGGCGAAUAUUUAACUUACAUCUGCCUGUCAGUGACCAACAAGAAACCCACACAGGCAUCGAUUACGAAGGUCAAGCAGUUCGAAGGCUCCACGUCAUUUGUGCGACGGUCACAGUGGAUGCUCGAGCAGCUUCGCCAGGUUAACGGCAUCGAUCCUAAUCGGGAUUCUGCAGAGUUUGAUUUGUUGUUUGAAAAUGCCUUUGACCAGUGGGUAGCCAGCACAGCCUCAGAAAAAUGUACCUUCUUCCAGAUCCUCCACCACACCUGCCAGCGCUACCUCACAGACAGGAAGCCGGAGUUUAUUAACUGCCAGUCCAAGAUCAUGGGAGGAAACAGCAUCCUCCAUUCAGCCGCUGACAGUGUGACCAGCGCAGUACAGAAAGCGAGCCAGGCCUUGAACGAGCGCGGGGAGCGGUUAGGCCGUGCGGAGGAGAAGACGGAAGACAUGAAGAACAGCGCCCAGCAGUUUGCGGAAACCGCACACAAGCUUGCCAUGAAGCACAAAUGUUGA